AUGCUAGCGCCUUCACUCCAAAAACACCUCACGGUUGAUGGGACGGACGUCCACUAUAUCUCGUCCGGCAACCAGCAUGGUCGUCUGGCAGUCUUGCUUCAUGGGCUCGGAGGAUCAACGAACACAUUUCAAGACCUGCUCCCGUCCAUACCGCCCAGCUAUCACGCCAUCAGUGUAGACAUUGAAGGCUUCGGAGACACACCACUCAACCAGGGAAAGUCUCUUUCGUUUGCACGCUAUGUCUCCGACUUACACGAUCUCAUCACACAUCUCCAAGAACCUCCUUCAGCCUCAACAGCAGAAACAAGUAACGGGGUCAGCAGCAGCAGCAGCAGCAGUAACACUGAAGCAGUCCUCCUCGUCGGUCACUCGCUCGGCGGCAUCAUCAGCUUACACUAUGCCGCCCAGUACCCCACCCAAGUGGCGGGACUUUUACUUCUGGGACCAGGGCGCUCUGUGAGAGGUAUUCCGCCGGCACAGCAGCGGAUGCGAGAUCUCGCAAAGACGGCGCGAGAAAACGGCAUGAAGGCGGUGGGGGCGAUCGCACUUAAGACGAAUUUCCCGGCGGAUCGGGACAACGAUGCCGCGCACGAACAAGAGGUGUAUGAGGCCGUGACUUCUUGUUCUGCCGAGGCGUAUGCGGCCACAGCAGAGCUGAUCGCCGGCGACGACCAUUAUGAUCCAGACUACAGUCUGAUCCAAUGCCCCGUAGUGUUCGUGGCUGGUGACAAGGACACGAUCAGCCCACCGCAGAGGUCGAGGGAUAUCAGCGCUCUGCUCGGAGGGCCUUCGGAAGUGGUGGUGGUCCAAAGCGGUCAUCAGAUGAUCCUGCAGGACAUCCAAGGUGUGAAGAAGGCGCUCGACAAGUUGCUCGCAACGGUAUGA